AGUUGCUUAUCAGUCGCGUUUACCGUUGCAUGUGCGUAACCGUUAAGCGCAUAUCACCAACGGCGUUUUAUGUUAGUUAUUUUUUUUGUUGAUUAUUUUUUGUUGUGUGCCUGUGUAUGAAUUCAAAAAAAUUCAAACAUUAACAAUAAUAAUCGAAGUCGAAUAAUUUAACGAAUUGCACACGGGCCUCUGUAAAUUUCUUGUUCAGACGACACAACAAAUUGGCAUGAAACAUAAAAUUGAAAUUAAUAAAUUUACUAGCUGCGAAUUUGAAUGUAAAAACACAAUAACAACAACAAUAAAUCAUUCAUAAAUAUUUAUGAAAAUUUAAGUGGGUGUGUGUGUUUUUAGUUUUUUUUUUUUUUGUAUAUUGCCAUUUGUUUGCUUGAUGUGUGAAUUCACAACGUGUUUGAAUUUGAAUUUGCAUUCGAUUUGAAAGAAUUAACAUUAAUAGAUUUGCGAUCGCGAUCGGUUCCAAACGAUUUCAAAAAAGGUUCCGAACAAAACCAACACAAACACAAAACGUUUUGAAGACACGCAACAAUCCAUUGGAUGCGUCUCUUAUUGGACUCGAAUAAGAAGCAACAGCAGAAGUGGGCGCGAUAUGUGCAAUAAGUGCAACGGCCCCAGGCACCUGUAACAAUAACUUGAGAACAAUAAUAAAAAAUAAAAAAAUACGGAACGAGUGAAGGAAAGAGGCGAGAAGAAGGGAAGGGAAUAACGGUACGUUUCCCUCACUCGCUCAGCUAAACGAACGAGACAAUGCAUGACUCCCAGCAACCAUAAGAAGAAGCAGCAGAAGAAGUCCGUGUCAAAUCUGUGCACGAUAACUAAUAACUAAUUAAUCUACUCGCGACACCCCCACAACCCCCGACAACCACACAAAUCUGAAACGAGAGACUCAAAUCGAUAUAAAAUCAACUGAUCAACUAGCAAAAGAUAUAGCGAGAGAGAGAGAGAGAGAGAGAGAGGAGCAGAUAUCGGCGGCAUGGCAAUGCUCGAGGCGCGGCCGUACAGGCCCUUCAAGUCCAGCGAGGAGUAUCUGGAGGCGAUGAAGGAGGAUCUCGCUGAAUGGCUGAGCAUGCUCUACCCGGAACUGAGCAUCAAUGCGGAAAACUUUAUGGAUCGCCUGGACACAGGCGUUGCCCUCUGCAAGCACGCAAAUUAUGUGCGGCAAGCGGCGGAGGACUAUUUGGCCCGGCGACAGGCGCGCAACAAAUCAAUGACACGGUCGAUGACUUCCGGAUUGGCCGGACCGAUACUCGCCCUGGGCAAUGUGCAUUACCUGCCCGCCGCCAAGAGCGGCACCUUCUUUGCCCGCGACAAUGUCUCCAACUUUAUAACCUGGUGCAGAAAGAGCCUUAAGAUCAUCGAGUGCCUAUUGUUCGAAACGGACGAUCUGAUCAUGCGCAAGAAUGAGAAGCAUGUGAUUCUCUGUCUGCUGGAGGUGGCCAGACGUGGCGCCAAAUUCGGCAUGCUAGCGCCGAUGCUGGUGCAAAUGGAGCGACAAAUUGAUCGCGAAAUUGCUGCCGAUAACAAAGCAAACGGUUGCAGCUGCGCCUGUGGCUGUGGCAAUGGGUGCAACACCAACGGCUGUGGCACACAAACCGGCAACGGGUGCUCCGAAAGUGGCACCCAAACGGAGCCGCCAACCGUCGGUGCAGAGCGUGUCGCCGUCGAAACGGAUCUGUACGACAGCGAUACGGAGAACGAGGAUGAGAACGAUAAGGAUCCGAUGCUGAUGUACGGGCCACAGCCACAGAUCAUUACCAAUGAUCUCAAGAGUCUCGAUGAGAUGGUCAGAGAUUUGGUCGAGAAAUGCACAUGCCCCUCACAGUUUCCCAUGGUGCGCGUGUCAGAGGGCAAAUAUCGCAUUGGCGACACCAAAGUGCUCAUCUUUGUGCGGAUUCUGCGUUCCCAUGUCAUGGUGCGUGUGGGCGGCGGCUGGGAUACGCUCUCCCAUUAUCUGGACAAGCAUGAUCCUUGCCGCUGUCGUGCCCAGCAUCGCAGCUCCAUACAGGCGCGCCUCAUGACCCGCAACACGACCAAUUCCGGCAAUGGCAUUGAGCUGCACAAGGCGCAUGUGAUAUACGAACGCUCACCACCAGCAGCACGCCGCAUUAUGUCAGCUGGAAGUGGAAAUGGAAGUGCAAGUGGAUCGGGAGCCACAUCGCCGGCCGCUGGCGGAGUGCAGACCACAUCGAAUGUUAAGCAUCGCAGUCGCAGUCCGACGCCGCAGCGCAAGUAUCUCAAUCAGACAAAUAAUAAUGCGUUGGCCAAUGCCAAUGCCAAUGCCAAUGCCAGCAGUUGCAACAUGGACCUGGUGACGGGCUCACCCAUGUUGAGCCGCCGCUCCAUGUCGCCCAGCCAGCGGCGGCUGAUCGAUAUGCGCAAGAAGCAGAGCUCCCUCGACACCUACCACAGAGAUGGACCCAAAUCCCUGCCGCUUGCCCCUGCUGCCGGCGACAGCUGCGAGGAGGCAACAACUGGCGCAACUGGCGCAUCCGCAACGAUUGCCAAUGGCGCCCAGCAGCCGGAGCAGAGCAGCAAGUUCGAGAACAUCAGCGACAAUGGCAGCGAGAUUAGCGACGAGGGCUACCGCAGCCUGGGCGUCAUUCAGUCCAAUGCACAGAAGCGCGAGUCCCUGCACAGUCAGGCCUCCAUGGAGGACGCUGAAACCAAUGCGCGUCUUGAUCAAACGUCCAGCGACUCGCAGAUCUCACCCACAGAUGAGCCAGAACCAGAACCAGCACGAGUGGUGUUGGAGGUGGAGACAAAGGAUGAGCCAGACUAUGCCAUCUGCGAUGCGAUCGAUGGACCGCAAUCGCUGCCCGCCGUUCUGUCGCUGCCCAAGCCGAGAGGCGUCGCUGCCGGCUACGCUGAGGAGGGACACAGCAGCAAGUUUGAGCAGUCUGGCGUCUACAUUGACGAUGACGAGAUUACGGUGACAACCGAUGUCGAUGUCGAUGUCGAUGUCGAUGUGGAUGUCGAUGUAAACGGGGCUACAAAUGUGAACAGUGGCAAUAAUCUGGUGGCAACCGCAACGAAUCAACCACAAUCGCAAGGCAGUAAAAUACCCCGCUCCCCGCUUGCCCAGCGACGUCGUCGUCGCAGCAGCAGCAUUGAUAAUGCCACCUGUGCCGGUGGCAGUCUUCAGGAUCUAAGCACACGGCCCCCUCCCCCCCAAAACGGCGUCUUCAGUCGCAAACAGCCCGUCUAUCGCUCCGUGCGUCGCCCAGCCCCCGUCGCCGUUCCCGUUCUCGUGCCGUCGCCGUCCCCAUCCCCAGGCCCGGCAACGGUGAAAGCAUCACAGUUGCCGCUGGUGCGGGAUGUGACGAAUACGUGGGGUGGACGCAGUGCAGCAACGCCAACAGUGGCCAACAAGAAGCGGCCGACCAUCAAUGCGGACACAUUUGCGCCGCCGCUGGCUGCAGCCACAUCGCCAGCUCCGUUCGAGCGUGGCUCGAAGACGCGCUCCUCGCACAUCCUGUACGAUAGCAAUGGGCGGCGGGUGCGCGGAUGCACAAGCUCAUUGACAACGUCGCCGGUGAAGAAUCAUGCCUCAUCGCCGCUGGCCCAACAGCUCCUCGAAGCGGCCAGCAGUGCCAAGAACGAUGCACAAAUACUGGAGAAGAUGAAGACACUGCUCUCCCGCUAUGCAGCCGGCAAUCAGCAGCAGCAGCAGCAGCAACAGCAGCAGCCGCGUCCGAGUCCAAGCAAUUGCAAUGGAAAGAAGACGCCCGUCUAUGAGGACUUCACCACGGCGUGGGUGCACAGCAAUGGCAAUCUGGAGCGAUCCGAGAGCUGCUCGCCGCCGGCAAAAGCGCGCUCCAAGCGCAGCUCGGGUGCCUCAUCCUGUGGCAGUAACAACUCGGCGGGUGCAGCAACAGCGGCGAUGGUGUCGCCGCGACGAGAACGUGGCAUGUCCAAGAUUCCGGCGCCAGUUCGUCAUCACACGGAGCUUUAUUAACGGCACGCGCGGACGCCCAGCGUCCGGCCAAUGACCAGGACCAGAACCAGGCCACAUGUUAAGCUACUUCCAACUGUUUACUGAGAGGCGACGACGGUCGCAAUAUGAAUAUGAAUAUGAAUAGAAUUGUGAAUGUGAAUGUGAAUGUGGUUGCUGAAUUGAAGGAUUCAAGGAUUCAAGUUAGAGCUUAAGUUAAUGUUAGGGCCAAGCUGGAAUUGUCCGUCUGUGCGGUUGUUCAAUUGUUCGUUAGUUCGUUGAUUCCAAUUGAACCGAACCCAACCAAGCCGAACCAAACCGAAUCAAAUGUUAUUGAAGCUAAUGGAACCGUUCCAAUAAACCUCAACGCAUAUACAACACAUAAAAAUAAAUAUAAAAAAAUACAAAAAAAUAUACUCGUCUAUCUCUAGGAAAACAUUACGUAAUCAAAUC